CAUUAAGAAUGAGGACAAAAAGCCCAACAAUCUUCCUACAGGAAGGCUCAAAGCUUUCAUUCACCUAUUCUCUCUCGGUCUUCAAUUCAGAAUAAUUCCCCCUCAACACCCUGCUACUGGCAGCCAUUGCUUUUCUUCCCAUUAUAGUUCCUUCACGCAGACUUAUUAUUAUUAUUUUUAAAUUAAAUAUUUUUAGUAUUUUUAAUCAAAAUUUGAUCUUUUCUUGUACUUUUUUAAUUUCAAAAUUUCGUGCUAUUUUUCGUUUCCCAAUCUCUCUCUCUCUCUCUCUCUCUCUCUCUCUCUCUCUCUCUUUUCCUAAUUUCCGUUCAUUUCCUUUCUGUUCUGUUUUUCUCUCUUUCCUCAUUCAGAGCUGAGAGCUCGAAAAAGUUUCUCACUUUUUUUGGGGUUUGAAAAUUGGUAGUAAGGUCGGCAAUUGAAAAUCGGAGAAAAAUAAAUGUAAUGCAUUGUGACAAUUCUGAUAAACAAAAGCAAUUUUAAAUAAAUAAAGAAAAGGAAAAAAUGACAGAAAUGGAUCUGUCAAAGAAAGUGGCGGAUAGGUAUUUGAAGCGCGAGGUUCUUGGUGAAGGUACUUAUGGUGUUGUCUACAAAGCCAUUGAUACUAAGACAGGACAGACAGUUGCAAUUAAGAAAAUUCGGCUGGGAAAGCAAAAGGAAGGGGUGAAUUUUACAGCACUCAGAGAAAUUAAACUUCUUAAGGAGCUUAAAGAUCCGAAUAUAAUCGAGUUAAUAGAUGCAUUCCCACACAAGGGUAAUUUGCAUCUUGUGUUUGAAUUCAUGGAGACUGACCUUGAAGCUGUUAUUCGGGAUAGGAAUAUAUUCCUCUCACCAGCUGACAUCAAAUCCUACAUUCAGAUGACUUUGAAGGGGCUUGCUUUUUGCCAUAAGAAAUGGGUUUUACAUAGGGAUAUGAAGCCAAAUAAUUUGUUAAUAGGACCCAAUGGACAACUUAAACUUGCAGACUUUGGUUUAGCACGAAUAUUUGGGAGUCCGGAUCGUAAGUUUACUCACCAGGUCUUUGCUCGAUGGUACAGAGCUCCUGAGUUACUUUUUGGUACCAAGCAAUAUGGUGCUGGUGUGGAUGUUUGGGCAGCUGCCUGUAUAUUUGCUGAACUUCUCCUACGACGACCAUUUCUGCAGGGUACAAGUGACAUCGAUCAAUUAGGAAAGAUCUUUGCAGCUUUUGGGACGCCAACAUCCUCUCAAUGGUCAGAUAUGGUGUACCUUUCCGAUUAUGUAGAAUACCAAUAUGUUCCUGCACCACCUUUGCGUUCAUUGUUUCCCAUGGCCAGUGAUGAUGCUUUAGAUUUGUUAUCAAAAAUGUUUAUUUAUGACCCGAAAGCUAGGAUUACAGUGCAGCAAGCAUUAGAGCAUAGGUAUUUUUCAUCUGCGCCUCCACCUACAGAUCCAUCUAAGCUCCCUAGGCCUACUCCUAAAUCGCUUGCAUCAGAUUUUAAUUCCCAGGAUGGUCCCACUGUUCUUUCUCCUCCACGGAAAUCGAGGAGAGUAAUGCCAGAUCAUGGGAGAUUUGAAGGUAAUUCCAACCAAGUGGAGAAGAUUGAUGAGCAUGUUGAUGAAGUAAGACACUUAGUUGGUGACUUUGGAGGAAAAAGUGAACAGGUGCCAAUGUCAAUAGAUUUUUCAAUCUUUGGGUCAAAACCUUUGACCAGACCUACAAUUAACAGUGCUGAUAGAUCUCAUCUUAAGAGGAAACUUGAUCUUGAAUUCCAACACAAUGAAUAAGAAAAAUCCAGAGUAUUCAAGUAUCUUUUGCAGCAAUGUGUUUCGGCUUCACGUAUAUUUAUGAGCUAUAUCUGCAAUUGAGGUUUUUGUUAAUUAUUCUGAGCGUGAGCAGUCUCCUUUCCAUUAUCUGCAACUGGGGUUUUUAUUGGUGAGCGUCCUCCCCUCAUAUCACGAAGAAACAGUUACCAGUGGAGUUGGAGAUAUAAUUAUUUUUCAGAGGAUUUUCUUCAGCUCUCAAAUAACUGUAAAGGAAGAAGUGAACUGUAACUCAUUUUAACAUUUUGAUUAUAACUUGUUCUCCCUAUAACGGGAUGAGGAAAAAAAACCUUAUCCAGCAAGAAGAGAAAAAAAAGAAGAAAGAAUGAUAUUUAUUGCUUGAGAGCAGCUUGAUGGUUCUGGUUGAUGCAAAAUCCAACUUGAUUUCUACUUCUAGUUUGCUCUCAGUGACGAUUUCCUCCAGACGACGAGCCAGGUUUGUAAUUUUAAGUCUUAGUUUAUGGCUUGUGUUUUACACAUGUUUUCCUACUUUCAAACCAUUAACUUUGAGAUGACUGAAUACUAUCUGUUGUUUCACCAUAUGGUAAUUUCCAUUUGUUGUUUAGAUCAUUACAUGGACAUAUCAGUGCAAGUUCUGUGUUUAUCGGCUGAGUCAAUUACGCAAUUUCUCUGUAUGUGUCGGUUAUUUGUUUUAUGCAAAUGUCAAUUAUUAUGUGAGCGGUCAAGUGUGAUUUGUAUAAACAAGAAAGAACAUGAUUUAUAGUUUACCUAUGCAUUAAGGUGGAGGACAAAAGGUAAGAUCAUAGCAACAUGAACACUUAA